AAAUCCUUUUUGUGCGUUGCCUGGCAACGAAAACAACUUUUCAUAGCAAUCAUAGUGGCAGUGGCAAGUGUCAAGUGAGCAGGUGCUCUAAUAAAAGCUUCAUUUAAAGUAGCCAAGAUGAAAUUUAUUCCGCUGCAUACGACGAACACGGCGAUUGUGUACAAGAACUCGCUGUGCUCCUUUGCCUCGCUUCUGGUGCUGGCCUUCAUAGCGCUUUCUGUAAUGCUGCCCGUUCUGCUCGUUUCCCUGCUGAGUCCUUAUUCUGGAAUAUCUGAGUCGAGGGUCCUGUACGAGCAGCCGAAUGUUGAGUUCAACUACGAGUACAUAUUUGUGGGCACAACGGAUCGGGGGGAAUUCGAGGAGGAGGAAUCGCUGGUCGCCUGCAGCAGCUUCAGCCAGUUCAAUGCCCAAAUGGAGAGUUAUACUAACAGUUGCACCACCACCAGAUAUUGGACAGAGGAUGUGGACUAUGAUGGCGUAACAGAUCGGGCGCACUUUCAGCUAGAGCUGCAGGAUGUGCCCACGCGACUAGUCAGCUUCAAUCUGUUGGUCUUCUUUGAGGCCGAACUGCAGCACAAGUGCGAUCUAUCGCCUCCAUCCGUGCUGGCCCAUCAGCUCCAGCUUCCCCUACACGCUCGCCUCAGAAAUGGACACAUUCAACUGAAGGGAGAGCUGCAACUGAAGCAAUACGUGGAGUUCACCUGUCCAUUUCCGGGACGCAACAUCAAGACUCAGUUUCGCCAGGUUCACUUGGGCACAAACUCUACUACCGAAAAUAUUGAUCACUUCAAAAUGGAGUCCCUACUGGCGCAAGUGAAGGCGAAUCCUGCUUAUUUCCAGCUGGCCGUUCAGGAGACAUACUACAGGGAAACGUCACCCCGCUUGGAACCUGGUCUCAUCAUUGACCUGGAGCUGGACGUGCUCCAAGUCGCCGCUCGCUAUCAUCUUAGCAUUUGGGAACGGCUUGGUCAGUUCUGGCUGUACUUCGCUUCCUUUUUCGGCAUCUCGUUUUACAUAAUGAACAAGCUGAAGGACUUUCUCUUCGGACGCCACAUCGUGCGCUCCUGGGAGAUCAUACCCUGGAAAAAGCUCUACUGACACCAAUCGGGCGCCAUUUUGGAGAUGGACAACUUCUCCAUUGGCGAAUGACUCGACGCCGACUGUGGUUGGUUACCCAAUUGCAAUUUCAUUGUCAGUCAAAUAAUAAAUAUAACAAAUGUACAGAAAAUUUAAGUGGAGAGCAGA